AGUAAAAUGGAUUACAUAUUUCUUUUUCUUUUCCUUCUGGUUAAAAGUGCAUUGGGAAUGGAGGCUCAUUAUUCUGUAAAAGAUCGUGUUAGUGAAUAUCUGAAGUCUGCUAAAUGGAAGCAUACAAAGACAUAUGCCAAACUUAAAACCCCUUUAUCUGCAUGUAGAUAUUACUUCAAACUUCAAACUCCCUGCUGGGGUGAUUUUGGGCAACGUCAAAACUCGACGUGAUUGUGAAGAAAUUCUACAGCAGAAUCCUAGCACAAGACGAAAAGAUGGCGUAUACACCAUAUAUCCAGACAGGAGACGUGCUACAAGAGUCUACUGUGAUAUGACGACGGACGGAGGCGGUUGGACGGUCAUACAGAGAAGAUUUGACGGACAAACUGAUUUCCGUAAAAAAUGGAACGACUACAAAAAAGGAUUUGGUGAUGUUAGCAAGGAAUACUGGUUAGGAAAUGACCUUAUCCAUGCCUUAACAAGUGGAAGAAACCAGGUAUUACGAAUAAAUAUGAAAAAGUUCAGUGGCUCUAUGGUGUAUGCCCAAUAUUCCCGCUUCUCAGUUGCAAGAGAGUCUAACAAAUAUCGACUGACUAUCAGUGGAUACAAGGGAAAUGCUGGAGACAUGCUGAUAAGAAAUCAUAAUCUGAAUGGGAUGUAUUUCUCCACCAUGGAUCGUGACAAUGACGCGUCUAGUAGAGGACAUUGUGCUGAUUCCAUUUCUGGAGGAUGGUGGUACAAAGACUGCACAUACGCUUUCCUUAAUCGUAUUUAUCCGCCCUCAGACAAGAAAUCAUCCGGAUUUCUCUUUUGGGGAAGAAAUUUUGAAAACAUGAAAACAACCAAAAUGAUGAUACGGUCGAAAAAUUAAAAGAAAAUGUUUAGCUUAUAUAUAUAAAAACAGAAGUAUCAAAAUAUAAUUU